AUGAAGUUCUUCAGUCGUUCUGGGGCUCUGGCAGCCCUCUUGGCUGCCUCUCCACUCCUCGAUGGAGCUGCGGCUCAGGGUUCGAGUCCGACCACCAUCACCGACGCAAAGACGGGCAUCAUCUUCAACUCCUGGUCGGCCACUAAUGCCCAAACCGUCGGCGGAAUCACCUAUGGUUUCGCUUUGCCACAGAACGCACUGACAACCGAUGCCAACGAGUUCAUCGGUUACUUGCAAUGCUCUUCCAAGAAUGGUCAGGGAACAGGCUGGUGCGGUGUUUCCCUCGGCGGUUUGAUGGUCAACAAGCUCCUUGUCAUGGCCUGGCCUUACAACGGCGAGAUCCUCACCUCCUUCCGCUGGGCCUCGGGCUUCGACAUGCCUGAGGUGUACGCCGGCGACGCAAAGCUGACACAAAUCUCGUCCACAAUUAACGCAACACACUAUACUCUUAUAUAUCGUUGCCAAAACUGCUUCCAAUGGGAUCACAAGGGUGUGACGGGGGGUGCCAGCACCAGUGCGGGCGGUCUCGUCUUGGGCUGGGCUCAGUCCUUCACCAGCCCAACCAACCCGUCAUGCCCUGCCAACAUUGGCCUUGCGCAGCACGACAACCAGUUCAUCCACGGCUCCAGCAUCGAUUCCAACAUCGCGAACCCAUCCUAUUCGGCUUGGGCAGCACUGGCAACCAAGACCGUCACAGGUAACUGCGGGGGUUCCAGCACCUCGGUGCCUGGUUCAUCCGCGACAUCAACCCCCGUGCCAGGCCCUACCGGUGUUCCCGUUCCGUCUACAACUUGGGAUUAUGUCGUCAUCGGUGCUGGUGCGGGCGGUAUUCCCUUGGCCGACAAGUUGAGCGAAGCUGGUAAAAGCGUGCUGCUGAUUGAGAAAGGCCCUCCUUCGUCUGGACGAUGGGGCGGCACAAGGAAGCCUGCGUGGCUGGAAGGUACCAACCUCACACGUUUCGAUGUUCCUGGUCUCUGCAAUGAGAUUUGGCACGACUCUGCCGGCAUUGCUUGCCAAGACACCGAUCAAAUGGCUGGCUGCGUUCUCGGUGGCGGCACCGCCGUUAAUGCGGCUCUUUGGUGGAAGCCAUACGCACAAGACUGGGAUUACAACUUCCCUGCUGGCUGGAAGUCGACAGAUGUUGCCGCCGCCACGUCUCGUGUGUUCUCCCGUAUACCCGGAACGACCACCCCUUCGCAAGAUGGCAAGAUCUACCUCACUGCUGGCUUCAACGCCCUCGCCAAUGGCUUGCGUACAGCAGGAUGGAAGGAACUUGACCUCAACGCGAACCCCAACUCCAAGAACCGCACCUUUGGCAAGACGCCUUACAUGUACUCUGGCGGAGAACGUGGUGGACCGAUGGCGACGUAUCUUGUUUCUGCGAGCAAGCGUAACAACUUCAAGCUUUGGACAAAAACUGCUGUCAGACGCGUAGUGCGAACCGGUGGACACGUCACCGGUGUUGAAGUUGAGCCGUACCUGGAUGGUGGAUAUGCCGGCACUGUCAACUUGACGCCCAUCACAGGCCGGGUAAUUGUAUCCGCUGGCACUUUCGGCAGCGCUAAACUGCUCAUGCGAAGUGGUAUCGGCCCGAGGGAUCAGCUCGAGGUUGUCAAGGGAUCUACAGACGGCCCCACUAUGAUCUCGAACAGUUCCUGGAUCACCCUGCCUGUCGGGUACAACCUAGAGGAUCACACCAAUACCGACACGGUCGCCACACACCCUGCUGUGGAGUUUUAUGACUUCUACGAGGCGUAUGAUGACCCGAACGUGACGGACAAGAAUGCCUACCUCCAGAGACGAAGCGGUAUUCUCGCGCAGUCUGCUCCCAACAUUGGACCACUUUUCUUUGAGGAGAUCAAGGGCGCUGAUGGAAUCACCCGUCAAAUGCAAUACACGGCCCGUAUGGAAGGGAGCAACGGCACUCCCGAUGGCCAGGGAAUUACAAUCAGCCAAUACCUUGGACGCGGCGCCACCUCCCGCGGCAGAAUGACAAUCCAAGCCAAUCUCGCCACUGCUGUAUCAACUGUACCCUACCUUCGCGAUCCUAAUGAUGUUGAGGCUGUCAUUAAGGGCAUCGAGAACAUCCAAGGCGCGCUCAAGAACGUGCCCAACCUGAACUGGACAUAUCCCGCUGCAGGAACGAGUGUCAGGGACUUCGUGAACAACAUGCUGGUUUCUCCUUCCAACCGUAGGGCAAACCACUGGAUUGGAACAAACAAGCUUGGCACCAGGGACGGCCGCAGCAACGGAGGCGACUCCGUGGUUGAUGUCAACACAAAGGUCUACGGCACCGACAACCUCUUUGUUGUUGACGCCAGCAUCUUUCCUGGUAUGGUCACAACCAACCCGUCGUCAUACAUCGUCGUCGCGUCAGAACAUGCCGCCGCCAAGAUCCUGGCACUGCCAACGGCUAAGGGUGGGGCGUUGUACGAGCAAUGCGGUGGAUCGACGUGGAACGGGAGCUUCCAGUGUGCUGCGGGGUUGACGUGCACAUUUAAGGACUCUUAUUACUCUCAGUGCCUCUGA